AUGGCCAAAGCCCAGGGCGAAUGUCAUCCAUGCUUCGAUGCCCUCAGAGCAGAACUUGAGAAGCAGAUCGCCUCCGGUGACGAACUGGGCGCCUCGAUCGUGCUCAACGUCGAUGGCACGAACGUUGUGGACAUCUGGGCAGGCUAUACCGAUGAGGCCCGUACCAAGCCGUGGACCAAAGACACCAUCACGAAUGUCUGGUCUUGCACGAAGACGGUCGCCACCUUGGCCGCGCUCCUCCAAGUAAGCCGUGGGAAACUCGACCUCGACGCUCCCGUGGCCCAGUACUGGCCCGAGUUCGCACAGAAUGGCAAAGAGAAGGUACUUGUCCGCCAUUUUCUGUCCCACACCGCGGGGUUGCCAGGUUGGACCGAGCCUAUUACCGUGGAAGAACUCUGUGACCUCAAGGUCUCUACCGACAGGCUUGAGAAGCAAGCACCCGUUUGGGAGCCUGGGCGCGUCUCGGGCUACCAUGCCAUCAGCCAGGGCCAUUUAAUAGGCGAAUUGAUUCGUCGCACCAGCGGCAAGACCAUGAAGCAGUUCGUCGCCGAUGAGAUCGCCGGACCGUUGCAGGCCGACUUCCAGAUUGGCGCCGUGGAAGAGGACUGGUCGCGCAUCGCCCCGAUCAUUCCUGCCCCGACCAUGCCCAUCGACUUUGCCAGCCUCGACCCUAAGAGUCCAACAUUCAUGGCUUUUGCGAAUCCGCCUCUUGACGCGACGUGGGCGCUGCGCCCGAAAUGGAGACGUGCUGAUUUGUCUGGCGCCAACGGCCACGCCAACGCGAGAUCUUUGGUCCGUAUCCUGUCGUCCAUCACCAAGGGGGGGACGAACGACGGAGUCGAGAACCUCACCCCACAGAUCAUUGAGAAGAUAUUUGAGGUCCAGGCUGAUGGGAUGGAUGUGGUCGAUCAAGUGCCCCUCAGAUCUGGGAUUGGAUAUGGUCUGACCGGCGGCACUACCUCCCAGUCCAUCGACUGGCUGCCGCAGGGCCGAGUCUGCUUCUGGGGCGGUUGGGGAGGCUCUCUGAUACUGAUGGAUCUCGACCGAAAAGUGACCUUCUCCUAUGUAAUGAACAAGAUGGGUUCAGGCAUCUUUGGCUCGGAAAGAACCGAGGCGUAUACUAGGAUUGUCUACAAGGCGCUGGGUGUUGAGGGAUUCUGAGCAGAUUCUUGGGGUGUUGACAAAUGGGGGGAGAAAAGUACUUGCUACAGCCAUUGAACGCUCUACCUCAGAAAGCAGGGUAGGAAGUCAGGG